AUGGCUACACAAGCACAGCCAACCCGACGUGGUGCUCUCAUUGUCGUAGAGGGUCUCGACCGCGCCGGUAAAUCAAGCCAGUGUGAGAAACUACGAGACUAUCUGUCGCAACAAGGGAGUCCGGUCAAAUACAUUCGAUUCCCAGACAGGACCACGCCCAUCGGCAAAUUAAUUGAUAGCUAUCUACGCGGCUCAUCCCACCAAGACGAUCACUCCAUCCACCUCCUAUUUUCUGCAAACCGCUGGGAAGUUGCAAAGAGCAUCGAAGAAGAAAUCGCAAGCGGGACCACGGUCAUUGUAGACCGCUACUCAUAUUCCGGCGCCGUCUACUCCGCGGCAAAGGCAAACCCCACUCUGUCAUUGGAAUGGGCCUGGCAGCCAGAGAUCGGCCUUCCUCGUCCCGAUCUUUGCCUUUUCCUCAGUAUCUCCCCCGAGGAGGCAGCAAAGCGAGGUGGGUUUGGUGCGGAGAGAUAUGAGAACGAGACCAUGCAGACCCGCGUGCGAGAGCUCUUCCGAACCAUAUUUGAGAAGCAGAAUGGCGUUUCGAUCAUCGAUGCUGGAAAGUCUAUCGAUGAAGUCGCAUCGGAAAUCCAAGGUGCUGUGGCUGGUUGCAUCGCGCGUAUGGAUGCGACUGCGCCUCUGGGGAAGUUGGGCCCUCUUGUCUAA